ACAGAUCAAAGGAAUACAAAACAAAACCCUGCAUAGAUUGCAAUAUUACAUACUAUAUAAUAUUCACAACCACCUUUGAUUCUCGUACCCAAUGGAGUGUUGUUGAGAGAGAGGAACAACAACAACAACAACAGAGUCACAUUCACCUACCCUUCUCUCUCUAACCUCCUUCUCCCUUUCCUCUUCGCACUUUCCGCCGCCCCACACUCCUAAAGGGUUUUUUUCAUUGAUGGGUAUGCGAGGGGUUUCGCUAUUCGAUGACAGAAACGAUGGCUUCUUCUCUGUUUCAAAUUUGGGGUCUCAAUGGAAUGUUCAGAAUGAAGGUUAUCACCACCCAGGUGGUUUAUUUGCGAGCAUUGGUCAAAUGGGUAUGGGGUUUGGCCAAACACCAAACGACCCUUCUGCGAAUUCCCAAGGUGGCGGCGGUGGCGGCAAUGGGAUGAGGAUUCCCUGCACGGAGUUUUACAUUAGGUAUGUUCAGUCGGAGGGGAAGGUGAAGAUUGUUGGUGUUCCUGAUGAGGAUGAUGAUGAUGAUGAUGAUGAAGAAGAGGUGGUGGGAGGGGUUAGGAGGAUGAAGAAGAAGAAGAGGGGUUUGAAGAUUAAGGUGAAGAACCCUUCGUUGAGGAGGUUGUUUAGUGGGGCCAUUGGGGGGGCGGUGUCGCGUACCGCGGUGGCGCCGUUGGAGACGAUAAGGACUCAUUUGAUGGUUGGGAGUAGUGGCCAUUCCAGUGGUGAGGUGUUUAAUAAUAUCAUGAAGAGUGAUGGGUGGAAGGGGUUGUUUAGGGGCAAUUUUGUUAAUGUCAUUCGUGUUGCACCUAGCAAGGCCAUUGAGCUUUUUGCUUAUGACACAGUUAACAAGAACCUUUCACCAAAGCCUGGGGAACAGCCCAAACUCCCCGUUCCUCCAUCACUGAUUGCAGGUGCUUGCGCUGGAGUUAGUUCAACUUUAUUGACAUAUCCUCUGGAGUUACUUAAAACUCGAUUAACUAUCCAGAGAGGUGUUUACGACGGUCUAUUUGAUGCAUUCUUGAAAAUCGUUCGAGAAGAAGGUGCUGGAGAACUUUAUAGAGGCCUUGCACCUAGUCUUAUUGGAGUUAUUCCAUAUUCCGCCACCAAUUACUUUGCCUACGAUUCUUUAAGGAAAGCAUACAGAAAAUUUUCCAAACAAGAGAAGAUUGGCAACAUCGAAACCCUCUUGAUAGGAUCAUUAGCGGGUGCUAUUUCAAGUACCGCAACUUUUCCGCUCGAAGUGGCUCGCAAGCACAUGCAAGUUGGAGCCCUUAGUGGAAGGCAAGUCUACAAGAAUGUGCUUCAUGCCCUUGCAAGUAUUCUUGAAAAAGAAGGGAUCCAGGGUUUGUAUAGAGGGUUGGGACCAAGCUGCAUGAAGUUGGUGCCAGCUGCAGGAAUCUCUUUCAUGUGCUAUGAAGCCUGCAAGAGAAUACUGGUAGAGGAUGAUGAUGAUGAUGAGGAAUAGGAUUAGUACCUGAGUUUUAUUUUUUUGUCCUUCACAAAUUCGGUUCGAUUUUUUGGAUUUCAUUUUGGUUAUUGGGUUUUUUAUACUUCUAAUAAGAAAUUGAGGAUGGAGAUUUUGAUUAUUUUUGAUGUCUUGCCUAUUGGCACUGACUAAUUAGUUAUGGCUUUGACAUGGCUUAACUGGUCAUUGUUAGAGUGAAAACAAAUCAUUGUAUUCUUCUGCUCAAGGGCAAAGCACAUCUAUUAUUGAAGGCAAUUUCACUUA